AGUCAGGUGGGAAAUUCAAAAUUCUUCAUGUGAGAACUCACAUUUUCACCAUGGCUCCUACGCUCCACAACUACCUGUUUAUUCAGCAAAUAGUCCUCCCUAAAGGGCUCUCUCAUCUGGUGAGAACACAGCAGGUUGUCACAGCAACCCUGGGAGAAGAUGCAGUCUUAAACUGUGAGCUCAUGACACUCAAAGAUGUGCGGCAAGUCACCUGGCAAAAAAGAGACAACUGGGGCGAAUGAAAAUGUGGCCACUUACAGCAAACGAGGUCCCAAUGUCAACCUACCUUUUCAGGGGAAAGUGGAGUUUGAAGACGAGGGACUGCAGAACUGUUCUAUUGUCAUCAGAGGAGUGUCAAGAGGAGAUGAGUCCUGCUACAAGUGUCUGUUUAACACCUUUCCAGAUGGACCAAUCAGUGGAAGGACCUGCCUCCAUGUAAAUGAGCUGUAUGGACCCUCACUCCUCAUCACACAAACCAACAACAGUCACACCACUCUGUCCUGUUCUGCUACUGGACAACCUACUCCUAUAGUAACCUGGGACAACACAGAAAUUCUAGAAAAUUCCACAAUGGUCAAUGUCACCCAUCUCAAUGGUACUGUCACAGUCAUCAUAACUUUCACGCUGGCAGCAUUCAGUCUACCUGACAAAGACACCAGGGUUCUCUGUGUGGUGUCACUGUUCUCUGGAGGUGUCACCAAGAACGUAUCCAUGGUUAUUCCAGCUAGAACUCAAGCUUCAUUUCCUGGUGUACCUGAGGUCACUGAUGGUGACAGGAUCAGUGUUAAGCCAACAGGGAUUGGUGCAGUAAUGGGUUCACUGUGUUUCAUUGCUGUGUGCUGUGGAGCUGCUGUGGCACUGUGGUGCAAACAGAGAAAUACAAUGUGAAGGAAGUCAGGAGAACAGGAAGAACCAUCAACACUCAACCCUCAACAUGAUGACCCUGAAAUCUAGAAGUCUAAUCUAACAGUAAGACACAUUGUAAUUAACAGUAGGGUUUAUGGUUUCUAGUAAACAGUGUUUGUACUUACUGUAGGUAAGAAAUAGAUUAGAAAACACUGAAUUGUUUUUCAGCAUCAUAUGUCCUCCCUGGAGAAUAUGUAACUGUAAAUACCCACAAAGCAGUUAUAUCAGUACACUACUACAACAGAUGAUUUGACUCUUAUCAGUAUCAUUGAUGUUAAUGUCUUUCAGGACCACAACAAUCUCCAGUCCAUUCUAAAUGUAUUAGUACAACCUUAUUUGAACAUCCUGGUAGAGUGCUAGUCAUGGAGACUGCAUACAGUGGGGCAAAAAAAGUAUUUAGUCAGCCACCAAUUGUGCAAGUUCUCCCAGUUAAAAAGAUGAGAGAGGCCUGUAAUUUAAUGAAUUUAUUUGCAAAUUAUGGUGGAAAAUAAGUAUUUGGUCACCUACAAACAAGCAAGAUUUCUGGCUCUCACAGACCUGUAACUUCUUCUUUAAGAGGCUCCUCUGUCCUCCACUCGUUACCUGUAUUAAUGGCACCUGUUUGAACUUAUCAGUCUAAAAGGCACCUGCCCACAACCUCAAACAGUCACACUCCAAACUCCACUAUGGCCAAGACCAAAGAGCUGUCAAAGGACACCAGAAACAAAAUUGUAGACCUGCACCAGGCUGGGAAGACUGAAUCUGU